AUGACUCCGUUACCGAUUGGAUCUCAAGGUACCUACCAAAGGAUGAAACACCAAAAAUAUUUACGGAUCAUAACACUUUAUUGCUCAACGGUUGUAGUGUCAUGUUUCUUCUAUUCGUCAUCACAUACUGUCUUCGCAUCUCCACUAUCUGCACUGCAUCAAAUUAAGCAGACAGUUAAUAUUCGGUUCCGCGAUAAACUGGAAAAAGAAUAUUUUAUUACCUCGUCACCGACUCUUGACUUCAGUACUCCACAGUGCACUUCAGAAAACGAUUGCCAAGAUGAAAUUGUAUCAGGGUCCGGUGAGAGCCUUUCCGAAGGACUGUCAAGUACGACAUUCCCAAAUAACCAUAAGACAUCAGAGAAUGGGGCUUUUCCGCAACCACAAGGAAACUUUGGCCAAGUAAUUGAAAAAGCGAAGGAUUUUGCCAAUAAAUAUUUGAGUAAAGAGGAGCAGUUAGAACUACGAAAUGCAGCAUUACAGGCUACAGCCAGUGGAGCAACAAAUAUUAACGUUCGAGAAGUGAUUUUGCGCCAUCUGAACGCUAUGUUGACACCAGAAGAAAAACGUGAAAUUGCCGCUCGAAUGAAAGAGCUGAAGAAAGAUUUUGGAGAUGAAGCCUUCUUAGGUCAAGACUAA